GUGACAGAGUGAUGGCCUUUGUAAACUACAAUGCUUGGGCAGAGGUGGUGUGCACACCGUUGGAUUUCGUGCAUAAGAUCCCAGACGACAUGACAUUCCCAGAGGCGGCUGCCUUCUCUAUGAACUUUGUGGCUGCCUACAUGAUGCUGUUUGAAGUGGCCAAUCUCCGGGAGGGGAUGUCUGUAUUAGUUCACUCCGCAGGAGGUGCGGUGGGUCAAGCAGUCGCUCAACUUUGUUCCACUGUCCCAAAUGUCACUGUGUUUGGGACCGCCUCACCCUUCAAGCACGAAGCCAUAAAGCAUUCAGUCACUCAUCUGUUUGACAGAAACAUCGACUACGUUCCGGAAGUUAAGAAGAUAUCUCCAGAUGGAGUAGAUAUUGUACUAGACUGUUUGUGUGGAGAGAACACAGGAAAAGGCCUAACUCUGCUCAAGCCCAUGGGAACGUACAUCCUGUAUGGUUCAUCAAACAUGGUGACAGGAGAGACAAAAAGUUUCUUCAGUUUUGCUAAAUCUUGGUGGCAGGUUGAGAAGGUGAACCCUAUCAAGCUCUAUGAGGAGAAUAAAGUCAUAGCCGGAUUCUCGCUCCUGAACCUCCUCUUCAAGCAGGGAGGGUGCAACCAAGUCAAAACAGCGGUGCAAAAACUUCUUUCCCUUUACGACCAAAAGAAGAUCAAGCCUGUUGUUGAUUCCUUAUGGGCGCUUGAGGAGGUGAAGGAAGCCAUGCAGAGAAUCCAUGACAGAGGAAACAUAGGGAAGCUGAUUUUGGAUGUGGAAAAGUCUCCCACGCCUUUGAUGGCCAAUGACAGCACAGAGACCAGUGAGGCAGGUGAGGAAGAAGAGGAGCAAGAGGGAGACAAUGACAACAAAGAGCGAAUGCCCUUCAUUCAGUGAAGCCAGA